GGUGCGGGGCGGCUGCGCGGGGGGUGCGGUGAGCGGCUCCUCCCGGCCCUCGUGCCCCGGCUGCGAUAUUCGGGGGGGGAAACAAUAGCGCGUAUCAGCGUGUAUUUGCAGAAGGGGCCGGCGGGUGCGGGGCGGCUCGGCGCCGCACAGUGAGGGCUUUGUGGGGCGGCACAGACUGCCCUCUGUGCGCUUCCCCGCGCCGGGUGCGGUCUGCGCUGAGCGACGGCGCUUUGACGCGUUGUUAAAGUUGGCACCUGCGCGGCAUUCGGUGCUGUGGUCUUUGCUGUGCAUAAGAGCAGGGAGCAGAUCUCAGCGCGGGGUCGGGACGGGAGGACGGGAGGACGGGAGGUCGGGGAGGGGGGGAAUCAUUGAAGCUGGGCGCAGCGGGAGGAGGCUCUGGGGCUGUGCUCUGUGCUUGACGGGACUUCGUGCUGGGACAGACCUCCUGUCCUUCUCGCAGACGCGCCAUGGACAUGGCCGGCCACAGCCUGCUCCUGCUCCAGCAGCUGAACAUGCAGCGGGAGUUCGGCUUCCUGUGCGACUGCACAGUUGCCAUUGGAGAUGUUUACUUCAAAGCCCACAGAGCGGUGCUCGCUGCUUUCUCAAACUAUUUUAAGAUGAUAUUUAUCCAUCAGACAAGUGAGUGCAUAAAGAUUCAGCCUGCAGACAUCCAGCCGGACAUUUUCAGCUACCUCCUGCACAUCAUGUACACUGGGAAGGGCCCAAAGCAGGCGGUCAGCCAGAGCCGGCUGGAGGAGGGCAUCCGCUUCCUGCACGCCGACCACCUUUCCCACCUCGCUGUCGAGAUGAAUCAGGCCUUCCCCUCAGAGGCCGUGCAGUCCUCAAACCUCUACGGAAUCCAGAUCUCCACCGCGCACAAAGCAGCAAAGGAGCGGCCAGGCGCCAAGGAGGCACUGGGCAGUGUGGGGGGCCGGCCUUCUGCCCCAGCUGAGCACCCGCAGCUGCAGCUCUCCCUCGCCAUCGGCCUGGACGACAGCAGCCGUGAGCAGCCAGGCCCGCAUCCCACAGCCCAGCCCACAGCACUGGCCAGGCCGGCAGAGGAGGUGCCAAAGCUUUCUGUCUCCAUCAAGCAGGAGAAAUGUGAGACUGAGCCUGUGGUGUCCCAGAGCUGCAGCCCUCCUUCCCCAGACAGAGCAAACCCCAUCCUUGCCAAGGCCAGCCUCAGGGUGCACCUGUGUCACUACUGCGGGGAGCGCUUUGACUCGCGGGCCGGGCUGCGGGAGCACCUGCACACCCAUGUUUCGGGCUCACUGCCCUUCGGCGUGCCUGCCUCCAUCCUGGAGAGCGGUGGGCUCGGCGAGGUGCAGCCCCUGACGGAGGGCAGGGAGAGCGGGCAGCGCCUCGGAGCCUUCCUGCUCAGGGAGGAUGAGAACCCGCUGGAACAUGUGGGCUGUGGCGAGCUCGAGCCCCUGCAGAUCGGGCAGCUCUCCCUCAUCUCCAAGGACCACGAGCCGGUGGAGCUGAACUGUAACUUUUCCUUCUCGAGAAAGAGAAAAUUGGGCUGCACUGUCUGCGGCCGCACGUUUUUCCGGAAGAGCCAGCUGCUGGAGCACAUGUAUGCACACCGGGGGAAGCAGCUCAAGCACGGCCGCAGCCCACGGCUGGAGAGUCCCCUCACCCCCAGGUUCCGGCCCUACGGCGACAGCGACAGCGUGGGGAAGAGUUCCAGCUUGUCCCAAGAUCACUUGGAUGAGUGUUUACUGGAGUCUGAUCUCAUCCAGGAAAGCGUGGAUACGAUCCUGGUAGAGUAGCUCUCCCUGUGCAGCCUUUGAACACUGGUUAGGGGCAUUUUCUGUGCACUGAGCUGCCAGAUCUGACUGUUGUCCUCAGCCAGAGUUGCCCUCUUACUGAGCUAGCUGUGAAGAAUGGUGUUUUGGUUUGUGUGUUUACUUUUUUACCUCUCUAACUUUUAAACUCAAGCUAAUUCAACUCUAAGUCCUUGGAAGCCUCCAUGUGACUUGAUUACAUUUUCAUAGAUGUGAACUUGUUCUUGCCCUGCUUUACUGGAAUUCGUAUCGUGUUGCUGGGUGUGAGGUUUACACAUCCCCUAAUACAUGGAGUGGCAUCAAGGGCUGUUUGUAGCCCAUAAAAUUGCUCUUCUGGUUCUAGAUGGAGGGAAAUGUAGAGGGAAAUACAUAUAUUGUUCUUCCCCAAUAGUUUGGUUUUAAUUAAAAUAAAUGAGGAGAUAAGUCCCAAA